AAGCAGACCUAAAAAGUCUAUAACCACUGUCAGCUGCGCACAAACUUGCCAAAAUAAUUGAAUUAAAGUAAAAAUAAAUAAAUAAAAUUCAGAAAAAAAAUCCACUGUCACUGAAGUUCGAAUUCAUUUCCUUCCAUUUGCUUUAUUUCUUAGGUGAGAAGUUUCUUCUCUAACGAUCCGUAUCCCAACACACUGAAACUCAAAAGAUUUGUGCUCUCUGGCGCUUCUGACUCGUUGGAAUCGGUCACUCUCAGUGAUACUGUUUUACUGCUUCACCUACUGAGUCGACUCGCUCAUUUCCUCUAUGAAUGUGGACUUGAGGUGCAUGUGGUUGAUAUUCCAUGGAAACAGUAGUUGCAAUUGAACAUAAUGAUGAUGAUGGAAAACUUGAAGACAUUGGAGUUGAUAGAAGUAGCUUUUCCUUGUCUUCUCCAAAGCAGAUUGCAAACCCAGUUGUGUACAAGCUCGUCCGGGUGUGGGGAAAGUUUGCAACUUUUUAGUUUAUGAGUUCUUGGGAAAACGAUCAAGAUGAACGGAGUUGCCAUGGUGGUUGAAGGUGAUGGGAGGUUAGUGCCUGCAACAGAUGAUGAAGUAAUGGAGAUGGAGGAUUUUCUUGAGCAUGAAAACAGUGAAAUGCGUGUUGUUGCAGACACUGGGCAAAGUUUGGAAUGCAUAUCAAUUGAAAGAUCAUCUUCUGGGAAACUUCGAUUGGAGUGCCCAAAAGGCACUGCGGAUGCAGAUUUUGGGAAACUAAAUGCAAAAUUACAGUACAUUGAGCAGAUGUUGCAAAAGGUCAAACAAGAAGAGAGACUUCGAUUGUCUUGUGAAUCACCUGUUCCUUCUCGUGUAAAGAAGGACGACCAGUGUUCUGAUGAUAAAGCUGUCACAGUUGAGAAUAAUCAAUCUGAUGGGCCACACCAGGAAAUUCCUUCUUUAGCAUCAAGCUUAAAUUAUACGCAUAGUAAUCAAUCUGGGAGUGUUGAUCAGUGUUCCAGACCUUCAGAAGGAGUGAUUGAGAGCGGAUCAUCUGCUUCUGCUGUCUAUUCCGCUUUGAAGUCCAAUUUUUCAAUGUUUGAUGGAGAAAUAUGCUUGGACAAGCUAUCCAUCAGAGAACUACAUGAACUGUUUAAAGUAACUUUUGGUCGGGAAACUACUGUGAAAGACAAGCAGUGGCUGAAAAGGAGGAUUGCCAUGAGUUUAACAAACUCGCGUGAUGUUUCAGCAACAACUUUCAUUAUUAAAGAUAACAAAAUAGUAAGAAAAUGUGAAGACAGUUCUGGAAAUGGAGAUGCUGAAGAUGUAAUCUCCAUGGAAAAUGCACCUGUAGAAGCAGAUGUUAACUUGAAGGAUUCAUCUGCUUUGGACGGUUGUGGAACUGAAGAUAAUCAAGUUGUUUUUGAAACAAAACUGGGAAAACAUGAUAUGGAACAUGGAUUGGGAGGUGAGGAUCACCAAAGAGCUGCAAAAAGAAUUCGGAAGCCCACCAAGAGAUAUAUUGAAGAGCUCUCUGAAAAUGAAUCUAGAGAGCCCAACCCCAUGGCAUCGUUAAGUUCAAGUAGAAAUAUGGGACCUGGACUUUCUACAACUUCAUAUGUGAGGCUUUCUGGGGAUGCUUCUUCAGAGGUGAGAACAUUUAUCACCAGGGUAGACUCACUCGGAGGUUCUGAUGUUCAAGUUCCUUGUGUUUCUCGGGUUCGAAGAAGUCAUCCAAGGAAAGAUUUUACAUCACUUACGAAAUUCCUUCCAAUUGGCAUUGCCAAGACUGCAAAAUCAGAUAAUAAGGUUCUUGCAGAAAAUGGUUCUUGUGCUGCUAGUGAGAAUCCAGACAAAAUCCUGAAGGCAAGAUCCGCUCCUGGAAAGCUUCAGCCAGUGAGAGCAACUGAGACUUUGCCUUCUUGUGAACCUGAAAAAGAGAAGCAGCUUCCAGGAGUAAGCACAAGUGAACCACAGCAGGAAUUGAGACCAAAAAGGGUGGAUCCACUCAGCCAUACCUCAGAGGACAGUAUAGUUACUGUUCCCACUGCUAAAGGUGGAAUGAGAAGGAAACAUCAUCGAGCGUGGACUCUUGUUGAGGUAAUGAAGUUGGUUGACGGUGUAUCACGGUGUGGCGCAGGGAGGUGGUCUGAGAUCAAACGGCUCUCCUUUUCAUCACACUCGUAUCGUACCUCUGUCGAUCUUAAGGACAAGUGGAGGAAUUUGCUCAAGGCUAGCUUUGCUCAGGCACCUGCAGAUGAAGGGAUGAACGUGCGGAAGCAUGGUACAGCGCCAAUCCCGGAACCGAUUUUGCUACGAGUACGAGAGCUUGCGCAGAUGAAUUCUCAGGCACCUCCAAAUUUCAGCUCAAGCAAGUUAGUAGCUGGUGCCGGAAAUGCACACGGAGAUAGACCAGGGUACUUGUAGUAUUGUAAAUAAUACCCAAAAGAAAAAAAAAAAAAAAAAACAAAAACUUUGGAAGAAAGAGCUAACUCUGCAUUUUCCUAGGCCAGCGCUUUGUGGAGCAUAGGAUACAUGCGAUCUUUUGUAGAUUUUUUAGUGAACUGAUGAAUGCUUGUUAGAGUCAUGUUAUGUUGAGUUGUAUGUUUUAACUGUUUUGAUGAUGGUUGUAAAUUGUCCUAGUAUGCUAUAAUGUUGGUUAGAAUCAUUAAACGGUUAUAUAUUUAGUCAUGGUAAUGACGUUAUUAAUACUACCUACUCCUUAUAAUA